UAUUGCUAUGAAAAUUAUUCACUUUCCUCUUUCUUAUUUAUGUUUUUGAAUUUAUGAUUUUUUUUUGUUAUUGAGGAAUUAUUUUUUUCUUGUUGAAUUUGAAAUAUGGAUAUGUAUUUUUUUUUUGGAGGGAGUUGGAAACUAUAGGAAUGGAGGUUAGGAAAAUUAGAGGUACAAGAUAAGGAUGAUUGAUAUAAGAGAAGAUCAGAAUGGAGCGGAUGAUCAUGCUGAAAGAAAAUGACGAAAUUUGUGAUAAUUAUAGAGUACAAAAAUAGAAAGAGUCGGUUUUACACACAAAUAACGUAGUCUAGAUAUGAGUUUAGGAAUGGAUAAUGUGCUUUAAUAUUAUCCAAAAAUUUUGGUAAUUCAUUUCAUUCUGUCAUUGCAUUUCUUCCAACCAAACACUAUCUAAGGUUUGAGAUGUUCGAGUUUUUCCCCUUGUCUAAGACUUAUCUUUUCUUGUACCUUGGAUAUGUGUUCGCAUUUGAUAUUAGUUGUUUAGUUGUGUGAUAUAUAGAUUUUGUUAACAGUGCGACUUACUAAUAUAUUUAGAUUGUUUAUCAUCUUUUUAAAUAAUUUGUGAUACUCAUUUCUCCCCUUAGGUGAUUAUAAUUUUUAAAAACAUGAUGUACCAUUUCUGGAAUAUGCACUUUUUUCAUCCAUAAUCAAACUAUCUGGUUUUUCUUGAGGCCUUAGAAAGUUUUUUUUUAUUAUUAUUAUUACUUUUUUUUGCAUAUAUGGGUUUGGUAAAUAAUAAUUAGAAAUCAUCAUAAGUGAAUUUUUGCCACGAGGAAAGCCCUUACGUAUACAUUUUUUCAGUUGUAGAUAAGUGUUGGUUUAAGCUCAUGAGUGUCAAAAUAUCUAUGUCAGCAAAUUUUCUAAUUCUUUUCUCUCUUAUCCGUGCUGGAAAAAUCUGAUAAGAUCAUAAGAUGUAGGAGGCCAAGUAAGUAGAAAUAAAACAAAAGGAUGAUGUGUGAAUGGUAAUGGUAAGUUAUUUUAUCAAUUGUAGUGGUGAUGCCAACGUAUAUUAGAGUUUUGAUGAUGCAAUUUCAUGGACUUGUUUGUUGGUUAUUAUCAGCCAUCAUCCAUAACAAUUCAAAAUGAGACUGGAUACGCCUCUAACAAUCAAUAUUUCCAUUAUUUUUAAGACUAAUUUACUCCAUACGGGAAGACGGUUAAUCAAAAUCAUUUAAUUUGUACAAACUAUCCAUAUGUACAUGUUGCCGCCUACCUUUAUCGCCCUAAAUUUAUGUGUGUGUAUUUGCUUACAUAUUCAUAUAGUAGGACCCAUAGAUAUACACAUAUUCAAGUGCAUAUGGCUUGUGAGUAGUUUGUUGCAGUCUAGUUGCAUCGUUUUUGGACUAAAAUUAGCAGAACCCUCGAAGUUUUGAGCUAAUUUUUAUUGGCUAUUUCUAAUUAAUUAGAGUAUCACAGGGCAUCACUUUUAUAAUCUGAGUCCUAAGAUAUCUUUUAGUGAUUAGCUCUGUAAUCCGACCGUGAUAUGUACUAGAGACUUAUAAAUGCCCACCGCACUCUGUGCAAACUUUAUUAUCUUUCUUUUGCUUCUCCAUUUCCUCUUCUGAUCAUAUAAAUGCUAUAGAUGCGCAUACCAGAGGCACAUGCAUACAGGCAAGUGUUAAAGGACCUCAUGGACCUGUAUAGUGGAGCAAUGAAUGAAAACAAUGGAAAGAAACCAGUUGUAAUCGCAAGUAGAGUGGUCCAAGCUUGCUUGGAGCCUCUAGAGUGAGAGAAAUUUUGAGUUUUAGAACAAUGACUUUGAAGAAUCUAUCAAAGUUUAUAAUGCAAUAAUUUUAAACUAUAGCACCCUACAUGAUUAUAGCCAACACUUAGACAGAGCUCUAUUGAUUUGUGCAGUACCUUUAAGUUGUAAAAGAAGUAAUCAGCUACUUACAUUUCUUAUCAAGUUAGAUAUUGAUUUAAGAUAGGAAAUCAUAGUAUAUAGCUUUUCAGAAGACAAUGCACCUAGGGGAGACCACAAUUAUUUAGCUUGUGCUUAAUGAGUUAGUAACAAUCGCUAAAUAAUUGCCUUGAUUAAUUUUAAUCUAUAGCAAUAGUAGUAAACUACUAGGGAUUCUUUACUGCUCCUUUUCCCAUUUCUAGAUGCAAGGAGUUGCCACGUGAAGGGUUGUGGAAUACAACAGUUGAUAGUGAUUCUUCCUACUUAGAUGGUAGUGCACCCUUUUCGAUUAGGUGUUUUAUUCAUUUACUUUACUGAUCAAUUCUUGUUCGUAGAGUCAAUGUUAUGGUAUGGAUACUUAUUAUUAGCAUUUAGAGGCAAAGAACCUAAUUUUAUACCUUACAUACUUUAGUACAUCAUCCGCAAGAACAUGCCUCCACUAUCAGUCAUUGACAUUGUGCCACACUCAAGCCUGAGAAGUUUCGACACCACUAGGACAUAGAUCUUUUUUUGCCAUUUUUACCACUUUUACUGUCAAUGAAUUUUGUUAAAUGAGUUGAGCACCAAUCACUCUCAGCUCCAAUCAGUGUUGAUUUUGGUUUGGAAGAAAACAGCAAGAAAAUAAAGAAAUUCUGAAACGGAAUAGAGAGGGGUAUGGGGCUUUUCUGUUUUUAGCAGGCCGUGUAUUUUUUAAAUAAAGGGUCCAAGUUCUCUGUUUCCUGACCGGACUAUAAUCAUAGCAUCUUCAACUAUUCAAAAACAGAAAUUGCUGGAUGUUUAUCUAUAGGAGUAUUACUAUAGUCUAUAUAGUUUCUGUAUGUAUAUAUAUGUAUGUAUAGAAGGAAAGAGGGUUACAGCAGUUAUAGAGAUUUGCAUGUCAGUUUCUAUAGCCUUCUGCUGAGGUUUCAAGAGCUGGUCCCAUCUAUAGAUUUACAAACAAAUAUAUUAAAAAAAUCAUAAAUAUUCUGCGGGAAAGAUGCCCUCCUUGUGGUAGCUUUCACACAUGGAAAGAUUAACCCAUGCAUGCGGAGAAACAUUCAUAGUUUCUUUUCCUAUACGAGAGUUCUAAUCAGUGAAUAGAAAGUAUUGUUUUUAAAUGUAUAGGGUUAUUCUCGUAGUUACUUUGUCCAAGGAGCAUGACCAUGGAUUCUUGGUGAUGUUGUAGCAUAAUACUAUUGUUCUGUAAGUUAAUGUGGGUUUAGUCUUAUGCAAUUUGUAAAAGCUAUGGGGGGAGUAGAUCCUAGUGCAAGUUGUUGUACCUCCUGGUUCGUAUAUUGGUUUAUAUGUCACAUUCUUUGUGCAGUUAGUUAGGGACAAAGACUUGAAAGUUAUAUGUUGCAUAUAAACGGAGAUAUGGAAUCUAAAUCUUUCGUAAACAACUACAUAUGGCUUUUUUUGGGCGGGUCGGGGGGUUAAACUCUUGUUUUCGCGAAAUGAAAAAAAUACUCAAAACUUUUAUUGCUUUAAACAUGUACAGAUACUGAUGGGUGUGAGCAAGGGUGAUUAUAUAAUUUGUGGUAAGAUGUAGUUAGGUUGUGCAUCUUAGAUUGGGUAUUUCUGGCUUAAUUUCUACAAGCACAAUUAGAAAGCUGUGCAAGAGCUUUAGCUCAUUUGGUAGAUGCAUGUGUAAGUUGUGUCGGAUUGUCGGACAAACUUAGGUGGAGGAAGUUAUAAGAAUAUUAGACGCUAGAGAUCGAAAGAUAAUUUCACAAAUAAAAUAAACUAUUACUUCUUUAUUUUAAUUAAAUGUGAAUCUAUUGGCAGAAGCAAAGUCAAAGUACUAAGGCUCAGUUAUGAUACAUAUAUGCUAUUAUAGGCAGGGGAAUGGAUUAAUAUUGACCAUUUAACCAAACCAGAAAAGCAAGGAAAAGGUGAUAAAGAAGGCUUUGGAGUCUGUUAUUUGGUCGGAAGCUUUCUUGGUGUACUUACGCCACCUGCUGAGUGCUGAUUCUUGCCUUGGAUAAUUUAUUAUCUGUCAUUAAGUCAAAAUCUAUCGUUCUGGAUAUAUUUUAAUGAUAAUAAUUAUAAGUGUAAUUUUCUAUUGAGAUUAGGGAAAAGAAACUGACAAUAACAAAGUAUGUACAUUAUUACAGCAAGGAGGUAAAGAGAUUCCAAUCCACUUCUAUAAGAAUGAAUAUAGACUUACACAGGAUUGUAUUAUAAAUUAUAUAUGAAUAAAAUAAUAUAUUUCUAAUGUUCAAAAUGAUAGUACAGAAAAUAAUAUAAAAUCUUCAUGCUGAAAAUGAUAGUCAUAACUACUAACACUGCAAAGUUUCCAUUCGUGCCACUAUAAAUUGUGAGAAUUGAUACCAUGUCAAGGAACCAGUUACUCUAAAACCUCAAGGUGUUAGAGGAGGCCCCUUUAUGGAUCUUAUACCUUAUAUUUCAACACUCCCCCUCACUCGAAAUCCCAUUAUUUGGGUUGAAGAGUGGAUCACGGGCUCCCAUCUUUGGGGCAUAAAUUGCCUUCGUGUCCAUUUUAAAUGUGAGAAUAUUGGGGGGUGGCAGGGCUCGAACCCGAGACCUCCUGCAAACCUGAGCUCUGAUACCAUGUAGAGAACCAUUCCCUCUAAAACCUCAAGGUGUUAGAGAAAGGCCCUUUUCAGGAUCUAUAUUCUAACAGUUAUAGUGAAUUUGGGUUCACAAUUGACCUGGCUUUAGUUUGAUAUAUAUGUCUUAAAUUGGGGUAGUCAAGGAAACAAAGGAUGUGUAAAUUUAAGUAGAAGUAAUAAAAUAUUUACAGUGUCUAUCUCAACUACCUAUUUAAAGCUCUGAAGGUAAACACUACAUAAUAAAUAAUAAAUUAUAUUUUACCAAAAUAGGAAAAUUCCUCAAUAAUUUAAAAUCUUAAACUAUUCCCUUCUAUAUAUAUCAUCCAUGAGACUCAGCUGUCCUUGCAAUUGUAGUUUGUACUUUGUCUAUCACAUACACAUACUUUCCCCACCUGGCCUAUUUUUUUCAUACCAACACCCCAUUACCGUCAUCCUUGAAAGUUUGCCUAUGAGAAAAGAGGGAAGGAGAGGCCAACUUUAGUGAUAGAUAUGAGAGGAAGAUCUUCAAAACAAGGUAGUCCAAAAAGCGAAGUGAAAACAGAUAAACAUCUCCCUAAAAACACACAAGAGCCUCACCUCUCAGGAGCUUACAUCCGUAACCUUGUCAAACAGUUAACUUCGUCCCGAGGAAAAGAUACCAUGAAUCAAAAAGAGCACCUAAGUUCAUCUCUGGUGCCUGAUGGACUUGAUGGAGUUGCUAGCCAACAUCAAAAUUUAGGAGAAUCCCAAGAAACACAAUCACCUCAACCACCACAACACAAAAAACAAGUUAGGAGACGUCUUCACACCACUAGGCCCUAUCAAGAAAAGUUCCUCAAUAUGGCUGAGGCAAGACGAGAAAUUGUCACUGCACUCAAGCUUCAUAGAGCCUCUAUGAAACAGGCUAAUGAAAAUCACUCACAACCAACUUAUCAAAAUCGGUCGGAACCAUUGCAAACCUCCCCUCCACCCCAAUUAAAAUCCAAAUCAAGAAGAAAUUCUAGAAUUUAUGCCUCUAGCAGUAAUAAUUUCUCAAAUAAUUUAGGCAGCCCCUCUGGCCAAUCUUUCCCUUCUCAACCUGCUCGAACUUCUUACUCAUGGCCUAUUUGCAGUUCUGCUCCACCUCCUAUUCCGGAGAACUUCAACCUCAUGCUGCCUAACCAACCCUUGGGCUUAAAUCUGAACCUACAAGAUUUUAACGAUUUAGACACCACUAUUUUCCAAAACAGCUACAUCCCUUCAUACUAUUCACCCUCAUCCCCAUCAACUUCUAGUUCACCCCCUCUUUUAGUGACCAAAGAAGAAACCCCAUACACAGGGUUUUCACAAGAUCUUUCUGUGGCAGAUCCUAGCAUCAUCCAUGAAGGGGACCUAGGCCUCCAUCACGCCAUGGACGAUGAGGAAAUGGCUGAGAUCAGAUCAGUAGGAGAGCAGUAUCAAAUUGAAUGGGAUGAUACCAUGGAUUUGGUCACCUCGGCAUGGUGGUUUAAAUUUUUCAAUAACAUGGAAAUUGAGCCAAAUGGGUUUCCAUCCUUCGAUGAAGGCAUGGAACUCCCACCUUGGUUGAAUGCAAAUGACAAUUGCUUUGCACAGAUAGAUGAACAUGACUCUGGUCACUAUCAUCAAGAUCCUAUGUUGCCGCAGAUGGACAUCGGAGAAAUUGAAGGAAUGGAUGGAGAAUGGUUAGGUUGAAGAAUUGAUUACUUUUUGUAUGAUCAAUUUGAUGGGGAGUUUUCUGUUUAGUUUGUUUUUUUGUUUUUGUUUUGUUCGUUUUUGUAAUAAGGCAGGCAGGCUAAAUCUUUAAAGUUAGAGCCAUUUGAGAAAGAUAAUCAGGCAGCUGUUGUAUUUUGAAAUUUCUUGCAAUGUUCUUAAUAUAUUUAUUUUCAUAUUUUGAAUUGUUA